AUGUCUGAUCGUGCUUAUGUUGAUGUAUUCAAAGCAUGUCUGCGCUACAGAGGUAUGGGGGUUGUUCGGCAAGUGCGGACCUGGAGUAUCACAACUGAAGCCAUGAUCACCGAAGGAACCUCGGCACUGCCCCUGGGUGUCAAAGCUGAAAGCAGUGUUAGCGUCGGUGUGACACAACAACCGACCCCCCGACAGUGGGACGCAUGUGGCGUCUUAGUUACCUACCUAUGCAGCCUGGAAGCCUCACACCACUGCCAACACGCGUACCAGAUAAUUCAAAUCUACUUUUCUUUUUUUGCACCUCUUGACCCAGAGUUGAAAUGUGAUCGCCUUCAGCCAUGCAAAACCUGUGUCGACCGCGGACUUUCGCUAUCUUGCGCAUACGUUCGAAGCGCCCCACCCUCAAAAGAGCCUAAAGUACCAAAUAGUGUACAUGACCGGAUCAAUCAACUCGAAAAGCUGGUCACCAACUUGAUAAGUGGAAAUGAUAUCCAUCAUGCCAGUCCUGCAGCGUCCACAAUAUCGCAAUACCAGUAUCACAAUGGCAACCAUGAUGCCGAUUUACCCGGUACUCCGGAUCGUGUGAAGUUCCAAGGCGAGACAACGACUUACUCCAACAGCGGCCACUGGACGAGCAUUCUCGAUGGGAUCUCAGAGCUUCGUGAACACCUUGAUCAUAUACCUGAAUCGCCCAGUCCAAAAGAUGAACUACAUGAAGACAUCCCUGGUCCAGAGUUGUUAUUUGGACGGCAUACACACGCCACCAAAGAGCAGAUACUUGCUUCUCUGCCACCAAAGAGCGAAGCAGACGACUUGUUAGAAACUUUUUUCCAGUCGAUGGACACGCAUCCAACCAUUUUGCAUAAGCCAACUUUUCUCAAACAGUAUCAAAACUUCUGGGCCCAGCCGUUUAAAACUUCCGUCAUGUGGAUUGGACUUCUCUAUGCUGUUCUCGCCAUCGGGUUCCGAUUCAAAGCGGCAAUAGACAAUCACGGACGCGACGGAUCAGAGUUACCAUCUGACACAAACCUGACACUACAUUCGGCGCGUAUGACUUUCUACCGUGAAAAGGUUGUACAGUGUAUGAUUCUCGCAAACUACACCAAAUGCCCUCCCUUCACGAUUGAAACAGUUCUAUGUUAUUUCGGUACCGAAUUCUUGCGAACACAAGACACUCAGUUCAGCAUGUAUAUUCUCGUGGGUAUGCUCACACGCCUGGCUUUUCGGAUGGGGUACCACAGAGACGCAUCGAGGUUUCCAAACAUAUCGCCGUUCAGGGGAGAGCUCCGCCGGCGCAAGUGGGUUCUCAUCAUGUCAUUAGAUCUCGUUACGUCGUCGCAAGUUGGACUACCAAGAAUCAUCCAGCCAUUUAUGUACGAUACCCAGGAGCCCCGUAACCUACACGAGGAUGACCUCCAUGAAGACAUUUCAGAACUACCGCCCUCAAGACCGGAAAUAGAGCUGACGCAGCUGUUGUACUCCAUCUUUCUUACUAGGAUUCGUCGGCAGCAAGCUCAGAUCGUAGACAUGAUGAACAGCACAUCGCAACCAACCUACCGAGAAAUCAUGGACAUCGACACAACGCUGGGACACAUCCGCGAUAGCAUUCCACAGGCUUCCAAGCCUGUUGUGCUUGACAAUGGCGAUGCUACUACCUUACCAGAGUCGAUGCGUCGUUUGUAUUUGGAAUUGGCUAUUUUGAAGGCCAGGCUAAUGCUGCAUCGGCCAUACCUCAAGCUCGGUCGAACCGAUGCAAAGUAUGAUUACUCGAGAAGGGUAUGUCUCAAUGUUGCCAUGGAGAUGCUACGUUUUCAGCGUAUGCUUGACAGAGGUUUGACGCCCGGUGGCAAACUGGGUUUGGAGGUAUGGCGUGUAGCUACCGUGAGCUGGUACAUGUCGGCUAUCGUCGCGCAAGACUUCCUCCUUGCCACGACAGUACUGAUCCUUGAUCUCGACGAAGACUUGGUCUCUCCAAUGCCACAAAAUGCUCACCUGGUAAGAGACGAGCUGCAACUAGACGGCGACGCGCCCACCCGCGAAGACAUCAUCGUAACCUUGCGGUCUGCAUACGCGAUAUGGACCAAAGCCAGCAGAAAAUCUCAGGAGGCGUUCAAGGUUGCCGCCGCUGUGAAGCUUGUUCUUAGUAAAGCAGAGAACAGCACAACACAGGUGAACGGUUCUCCACACAUGAAUCUGGGAAGGGACCAGAUGAACUUUACCUCUCCUACACCGUCCUUUGACUUCAAUGACAUGUCACCCGCUGCUCCUGGCUCUGAUGUUUUCUCUUUGGGCCAUGGCUCUCUUAGUCACGCAUUCGAUCUUGGCAACAUGUCGAUGGAUCUGGAUGGCUUCGCAAUGCCUUAUAAUUGGGGAGGCAUACCUUCCGAGCUCCAAAACCUUCAGAUGCAACCCUCCGAGGAAUUUCACCAGCAACAGCCCUAUGACUAUGGCAGCACUGGCUCCGCGUUCCGAAUGCCUCAGUACGACAACCGUGAAAUGACAAGCAACGAUGAACAAGAUUCAAAGAGUAUCACACCUCUGCUCAACAAGUUCGCGCCCUAA